GGUGCGAGUGCGAUAUAUAUACAGAGAGGAGACUCACUUCAAACUCUGUAGUUGGGCUCCCAAUUUCACUCCUACCGACACACAACACCACCAAGAUCUGAAUCACCCUUGCAUUUCAUUUCACGUUCACCUUCAAUAAUUCUCAUCCUCUCUCUCUAGAAUGGCGCAGUACGUGAAGAAAGACGAUGAUCUCGACGAAGAAGAGUACUCCCCCUUCUGUGGAAUUGAGAAAGGAGCGGUUCUUCAGGAAGCUAGGGUCUUCAAUGAUCCUCAGUUAGAUUCGAGGAGAUGUUCCCAGGUUAUUACAAAGCUGCUUUAUCUUCUGAAUCAAGGUGAUACCUUCACAAAGACUGAAGCUACAGAAGUGUUCUUUUCAGUAACAAAACUUUUCCAGGCUAGAGAUAUUGGAUUAAGAAGAAUGGUUUAUUUGAUUAUAAAGGAGCUAUCCCCCUCUUCAGAUGAGGUUAUCAUUGUCACAAGUUCCCUUAUGAAAGACAUGAAUAGCAAGACUGACGUGUAUCGAGCAAAUGCUAUUCGUGUUCUCUGUCGCAUCACAGAUGGAACACUUCUUACUCAAAUUGAAAGAUACUUAAAACAAGCUAUUGUUGACAAAAACCCUGUCGUAGCCAGUGCAGCCCUAGUUAGCGGUAUCCACUUGCUCCAGACAAACCCAGAGAUUGUGAAAAGAUGGAGCAAUGAGGUACAAGAAGCCGUUCAAUCGAGGGCUGCACUUGUACAAUUCCACGCACUAGCUUUGCUCCAACAGAUAAGACAAAAUGACCGUUUAGCUGUGAGCAAAUUAGUGACCAGCUUGACAAAGGGCACUGUACGUUCACCUUUGGCUCAAUGCCUGCUGAUUCGUUACACCAGCCAGGUUAUUAGGGAAUCAAGCAUGAACGGUCAAACUGGGGACCGCCCAUUUUAUGACUAUUUGGAAGGAUGUCUCCGCCACAAAUCAGAAAUGGUCAUUUUUGAAGCAGCAAGGGCAAUAACAGAAUUAAGCGGUGUUACUAGCCGAGAAUUGACCCCUGCAAUUACUGUCCUUCAGCUCUUCCUAAGUUCAUCUAAGCCAGUACUUCGGUUUGCUGCUGUCCGAACAUUAAACAAGGUAGCAAUGACUCAUCCAAUGGCUGUAACUACCUGCAACAUAGAUAUGGAGAGCUUGAUUUCAGAUCAAAAUAGAAGUAUUGCAACCCUUGCCAUUACUACACUUCUCAAAACUGGCAAUGAAUCAGGUGUUGACCGUUUAAUGAAACAAAUUACCAGCUUCAUGUCUGACAUUGCCGACGAAUUCAAAAUUGUUGUGGUUGAUGCCAUUAGAUCAUUGUGUUUAAAGUUCCCUCUUAAGUUCAGAACAUUGAUGAAUUUCUUAAGCAGUAUCCUAAGGGAGGAAGGUGGAUUUGAGUACAAGAAAGCGAUCGUUGAUUCAAUUGUAACUAUAAUAACAGAUGUCCCAGAUGCAAAGGAGGGCGGGCUUCUUCACCUCUGUGAAUUCAUUGAGGACUGUGAAUUCACAUAUCUUUCAACACAGAUUCUCCAUUUUCUAGGUAAUGAGGGACCAAAGACAUCAGAUCCCAGCAAAUACAUACGGUAUAUAUAUAACCGAGUUAUACUUGAAAAUGCAACUGUUCGAGCCAGCGCAGUGAGCACUUUGGCGAAGUUCGGUGCUAUGGUUGAUUCAUUGAAGCCACGCAUAUUUGUUUUGUUGAGACGCUGUUUAUAUGAUAACGAUGAUGAGGUUCGUGACCGGGCUACACUAUAUUUAAAUACAAUUGGAGGUGACGGUUCUGUUGUUGAAACAGAUAAAGAUGUAAAAGGAUUUCUUUUUGGUUCUUUGGAUCUGCCACUAGCCAACUUGGAGACUAGUUUGAAGAACUACGAACCAUCAGAAGAACCCUUUGAUAUAAGUUCUGUUUCAAAGGCGAUUAAGUCUCAGCCAUUCGCAGAGAAAAAGGCUGCUGCUAAAAAGCCGACUGGCUUAGGUGCUCCUCCAGCUGGCCCCACUUCAACCGCCGAUACUUAUGAGAAGUUACUCUUGUCAAUUCCAGAGUUCUCUACUUUUGGACCCCUUUUCAAGUCCUCUGCACCCGUGGAGCUCACUGAAUCUGAAACCGAGUAUGAAGUCAAUGUAGUCAAACACAUAUUCGAUAAGCACGUUGUCUUCCAAUUCAACUGUACCAACACGAUUCCUGAACAGUUACUGGAAAACGUUACCGUUGUUGUGGAUGCUUCAGAAGCCGAAGAAUUUGAAGAAGUGGCAACCAAGCCAUUAACAUCGUUACCGUAUGGUACUCCGGGACAAACAUUUGUCGCAUUCGAGAAACCCGAAGGGGUUCCGGCUGUUGGCAAAUUCACCAACGUCUUGAGGUUUAUCGUGAAAGAGGUUGAUCCCUCCACCGGUGAGGCUGAAGAAGAAGACGGUGUGGAAGAUGAAUACCAGCUGGAGGAAUUUGAGGUGGUUGCAGCGGAUUACAUGCUUAAAGUUGGGGUUUCGAAUUUCAGAAACGCAUGGGAAAGUUUGGGCCCGGAUUUUGAGCGUGUCGAUGAAUAUGGGCUCGGCCCAAGGGAAAGUUUGAAAGAAGCAGUUAGUGCCGUUAUCAACCUUCUUGGCAUGCAACCUUGUGAGGGCACGGAGGUAGUUGCAGCAAACUCGAGAUCACACACGUGCUUGUUAUCAGGUGUAUACAUAGGCAACGUGAAGGUAGCUGUUCGAUUAUCAUUUGGAGUCGAUAGUGCAAAAGAGGUGGCGAUGAAACUCGCCGUUAGAUCCGAGGACGAAGCUGUAAGUGAUGCAAUUCAUGAACUAGUAGCCAACUAGUCCUUUUUUCUGUUUCUAUAAAACAAUUUUUCAACACACCUCAUUACAUUUUGAUAAAAGAUUUGUAUGUAUUUGCUUCAACUUCAAUUAUUGAUUAUCAAAAGUUUAUCCUGAAACUAAUAAAUCUUAUGGAAACGAGUUA